AUGUCUCCGUAUUUCGAAACUUCUGAGUUGUUAUAUCAAAUGAAACUUGCAAUACAACUACUAUUCUUGCCGUAGAGUAGCCAACAAUUGUAUACUACAUUGGAGAUCCCUAAAAAAAAUUUAGCAUUGACAGAUGAAGCUAAUGACAAUUCAAUAGCUAAUUACAGCACAUUAACACUUACUAUCACAAUAAAAGGAUCUCUUUUAAAUGGUUUAUAUAAUACAACAAACUUUGAUAUCUAAUUUAUUGAUCUCUGUAGUUAAGCUAUACUAUCAUAAGAUGUUUAAAAAAAGGAAUAACCAAUAAAAUAUUUCAUAAACUAGAGAAACCAAUUUUUAGAAAUAGAUGAUAUAACUUCAACAAUGUCAAGCUCAAAGUGUGGUAAUUUUAUUUAUUCCAUAAUUAACGUAACUGAUAAUAAUGGUCAAAUUUUAAAUGAGAGUAUAUUUUAAUUCACCACUAACAGCUAGAUUGGAGUUUUUACUAAUGAUGAAAAAAAUGUUAAUCUUUCCCCUUUAAGAUUAUUUGUUAGUGCAAGAUAGAGCAGAUAUACCUCUCAAACUAUAACUUUAAUUUAUCAAUUCGAUAUGAAAAUGUCCUGUGAUUAUGAUUAAAUCAUUGCUCCAUCGUUAAAUAAUACCUAUUAUUAUGAUAUAUCAGAUUAUCCUUUAGUUAUUGACAAUAUAAUUUUCCAGUAGUUGUACCCAAAUUACUGUCCUAAAAUCGAUUAAAUUUAUUGCUAAAAUUAUGACACUUAAACCUCUUGUAAUGAUAAUAUAUUCAAAGAUAAAUUAAAAGAUGAAACUUUAUAAAUAGAAACACAAAAUACUGGCUAUGCAGGCGAAUAUAAAUUGAUUAUUUGGGCUCAAGUCAGUAGGUCUGGACUAAAAAAUUCAACAUUUAUCAAUGUUCUACUGACUAAUAAAUGUAAAACAAAUAAGAUUCUUCUGGAAAAUGCUCCAUCUUCACUUAUUGAAUAUGAUAUCAGUUUUGGAAAAGAAAAGAAUACAGUUUAGCUAAAUUGGACAAAGAGUGAAAAUCUAUGUCCUCAUCCUAUAAAUUAUUAACUUUGGGAUAUUUCAUCUGACUCUGAAGUACAUCCAGAUUCUGAAGUUUUCUUGAUUAAUCAGCAAACAGGGUAGGUCUAAAUAAGCACCAUCUAAUAAUCAAAAGUUAAACUUUACACACUUAAAAUAGUGGGUCAAAUUGAAGACAAUUUUAAUUCGACUUCAUUCUGA